CAGGCAGGGUACCAAAAUGCUGUAGCACCAAUUAUGUCAAGUAUGAAAUGACCAUCAAUCCAGCAUACCCUUUCCAAAAGGACACGACCAAACCAGUCCAAUAUUCCAGCGGGCCAUACGUGCACGCAACGAUAAAUAAUUCGAUUACUAAAAUUCUAAAUCGCCUCAAAAAAACUAAAUUCUAAAUUAGUAAGGUGUUGAUUAUUCAGAUGGGAGAAACAGCAGGGGAAGGGGAAAGGGCAGGCCAAGUCGUCGUUUAUAAAAGGAUCCUCCUGCCUUCGUAGUAGCCGCGUCCUUCUUCCCCUCAACAAAUCCAACCACAAAAUGCCGAACGGAGCCAACGAAUGGCGCGUCUUCGCCUGACGGACUGCUGGCCCAGCUGAUGCCACCAACGUUUUCAGGUCAGCGAAGCACGGUUCAACUGCUGUAUAGUACUCGUAUAUCGGAAAUGAUAAAGAAACCCUGGGCAAAAGAAUAGGUAUAUCUCAUCUGUUGGGAAACAAAAAUCGCACCGCUUUUGUGUAGAAAAUAGCGAAUUGUAUUGUCUUUGGCUGACCGCCUCUCUACGUGCUUCCCUUCACCUUCAAGGCGGCUCUUAGAGUUCGACCGUUUCAACAAGGUCUCUGAUUCAUCUUUUCCCCUUCUUUAACAGCGCACAAGACGCGGUGUUGGACUUGGAUCUCUACUCACUUCUCUGCCCUGUUUUAAAGUUUCGCCACAAAGAAAAAGUCCCUUGCUUCGAGAGACGGCCAGCAUAGUCCCCUCUCCGGUGGCAUAAUUUCGUGAUCCUGGGCUGCCGGCACGGUUCCUGGCCGAGAAGAUGUUCUCCUUCAAGUCCAGCCUCAAGUCAUCUUCCAGUGGCAACCAACUUUCCACGCCGCGCUUCACCGAGGAAUCAGAUGUGCAGGAGCAGUUGAACAAGUUGCAGGAGGAGCUGGUAAAGGAGAAAGAGGAGAAGGUACGUGCGCUGGAUGAGAUAGAGGAGCUCAAGAAGAAGAGCAGUAAGAAGAAGAAGCUAAAAGGAAGUGGCGGGGACGAUCAGUCGGACCUUGCAAACAGAUUAGAGCAGCUGGAAGUAGAGCUGGAGGCAGCAAGGGACUCGGAGAAGAACAUGCUAGUGUCGCUGGAGGCCCAGACAAAGCAGCUUGAACAAACCAAGGUAUCUCUGGAGGAGGCCAAGCUUGAGAUAGAUUCGCUUCAAGACAACAACAAGAGCUUGGUUGCACUAUCCUCUAACCCAAGUAGACAGCCGGCCAGGAAUUUUAGAAGAAGGGGUGUAAUGUCCUUCUCCUUUGCCGAUCCUGGUGAGAUGGAGACAUUCUCAUUACAGCGUGACCUCAAGUUGGCUGUCGAAGCCGAGGAGAAGUGCAAGAAAGCCAUGGAUGACUUGGCGAUAGCCUUGAAGGAACAAACCACGGAAGCUAGAGAGGCAAAAAUGGAGCUAUCAUCGGUACAAGCUGAGCUGAAAAAUGCAAAAACUGAAUUGGAGAACUCAAAAGCCUCUCUGGAAAUCAUGGAAGAAAAGCUCCAGUUGGCACAGGAAGAGGUUGGCAGACUCAAGUUUGAAUCGGAUGAGUUGGCAGCAGCCUCAAAAGAGAAAGAGAGAGGACUCAUUGAUUGCAUCAAGAUAUUUGAGGGGGAAAUGAACAAAGCAAAGGAAGAGAAUGACAAACUGUUUGAAUCACAGAGAGUGAUCAGAGAUGAGAAUUCCAGGCUGAGGGAAAUGCUGAAGCAUGCAGUUAAUGAAGCCAAUGUAGCAAGAGAAUCCUUGGAGAUUGCCAGGGUAGAGAAUUCUCAGCUUCAUGAAGACAUGUCUGAGAAAGAGAGUACCUUAAAGAGCAUCGUGCAAGAAUACGAGUCCUUGAAAGUAAGUGAGGCUGCUGCACAGAGUAGCAUUAAAGAAUUGAAGGACAUGAUUGAUGCUAUGUUCAGUUCAGAGUCAACGAAAACCUCGGCAGAAGCAUCACCCAUAGAUGCCAAGGGAGGCAACAGGAAAGGAAGAUAUGUGGCGGCAGAUAAUAUGUACUCUGAUGUUGAAAGCUCUCCUCGUUCAAAGGAUAUUAGGAGUCCUGCAAGGCAGCAAAAUAGGACGAUUCUUAGGAAAUUUGGUGACAUAAUGAAGAAAAGAAACCCUCAAACUCAAAGUGUAAUCUAGCAUCCUCAGGCACCAGGCAGUGACUAAAUACAAGUAUGCACUCUAGAUUCCAUUUCGUUUCUUCAAAUUCCUUGAACUCAAGAUAGUUGUAAUGCUCGACAAAAUGAGAUGUUCCAAGUGCGGAGUAAACCCUUUUGCCCAUUCAGCUUUAUAGAUGUAAAUUACAGAGAAUGUAACAUAUAUGUAAAACAUACAGGUAGUGAAAAUAUGAAAACCGACAUAUUUUCUAGGGGGGCUUGACAUAUGA